CUCUAUUAUAUCUUCUGAGAACCAAACAGAGCCAAAGGUUAUAGUAUUUGCUGCUUGUUGCAGUAAAGAGAGAAUCAAUCACACUGUGAAGAAGAAAGCAUAAAAAAACUCAGGUGGAGAGAUUUAGAGAGAAAUGCUCACUUUGAAUCUCCCCGAUUCACUUCGUCUUCUUCCAUUCCAAAACCCUAGGCCUUCCAAAUCCGAUUCGUGUUCUUCUUCUUCUUCUUCUUCUUCUUCUUCUUCUUCUUCUUCUUCUAAUUCUUCGUCGUCGAGGAGAUGUCUCUCCACCGCUUGUCCAAUUCCGAUCGGGUUUUCGCGUCGAUGUUUCUCUAGAGGUUUGCGUCGUAAUGAUUCUCAGCAGCUAGGGUUUCGAUGCUUCCGACGAAAUGCCGCUUGUUACAUUGAGAAAGCUGAUUCUGAAGAAAAAGAUGAUAGGAAUCUUGAUGUUUUGGUUGAGAGACCGAUAGCUCACUCUAGAAGAGAGGCUCAGAGAGUUCUUAAGUUCUUAGCGGUAUCAGGUUCGGUUGCAUUACUCGGCAAUGAUCCAGCCUUUGCGGCUUCGUCAAUUGCUAAUGGGACGCAGUCACUUGUCACUUCUCUUGGUGACCUCGGAGAUAUUAGCUCAGGUUUUGCUUCGGCGUUCUUGCUUAUCUUUUUCUCUGAACUUGGAGACAAGACUUUCUUCAUUGCGGCCCUUUUAGCAGCGAGGAACUCUGCUGCUACUGUAUUCGUGGGGACUUUUGGCGCUCUUGGGAUAAUGACGAUAAUAUCUGUAGUGCUUGGACGAACUUUCCACUAUGUUGAUGAAAUUCUUCCCUUCAGGUUUGGUGAAACCGAUUUGCCUCUAGAUGAUAUUGCAGCUGUUUGUCUUCUGGUUUACUUCGGUGUAUCAACGUUAUUAGACGCUGCUUCAGAUGAGGGUAAAGCCGAGGAAGAACAGAAAGAAGCAGAACUAGCGGUUUCAGAGCUUUCAGGUAAUGGAGCCGGGAUUGUGGCAGCCGCAAGCACCAUCGUCAGCACUUUCGCCUUGGUUUUUGUUGCGGAAUGGGGUGACAAAUCCUUCUUCUCAACAAUUGCUCUUGCGGCUGCAGCAUCGCCAUUGGGUGUCAUCGCUGGAGCAUUGGCGGGUCACGGUGCUGCGACUCUGCUUGCGGUUUUGGGUGGUUCUUUGCUGGGAAAUUUCUUAUCAGAGAAGGCAAUUGCUUAUGUCGGAGGAGUUCUGUUUCUCGUGUUUGCUGCUGUGACGGUGGCCGAGAUCGUCACGUAAGUAGCAAUAAUAAAACUUUUCCUUGCCUCUUACUUCUUGUAUAAAAAAGAAAAUACUAUUUUAAUUUUGGUUGCAGUGCAAAACUUUAAUAUACAACUGUUCAUUCAUCACUCUCUAUCUUUCUGGAUACUAUACUGUGGAUUUACAGCAAAACAUAUGAAAAACAUUUUGUA